AUGGUUGUUAUUUCACUUUUUUCUAAAAUUAUCUCAAUUUUCGGUUUUAUUAUUUGCAUAAUAACAUUGGUUGAAUCACAAUUCAAUUGUCCUUCAACACCAAGUUCUAAAGAAGACCUGAAAACUUUCAUUGUUCAACUUUCAUCACCGGAAAAAGCAAAUGAUCACUAUGCUUUUUUAAAAUCUUGUUUUAAUAAAGAUAUUAGUGACAAGAUUGGUCAAUUGAUUGAUCAUACCAUUAUAAAAAUUGUCAGUUUUGGAUCAUUCAUUUCCUACGUCGGAAAGUUUAGCCCUAGUGAAGCUGCUGUAUUGACUAAUUCACCCGGAGUUAUUCAUAUCGAAAAUGACAAAACUGCUAAUAUUUUUUCUCCUAUUGGAACAAAUAUUACUCCCAGUCCUAUUAAAGAUUUUAAUCUCUGUCAUCAUUUUUUGACAGAAUCUCUUGCUCCAUAUAAUCUGGAUCGUAUUGAUCAAGCAACCCCCAAAUUAGAUGGAAAAUAUACAUAUCCAAAUUCUUGCGGUUCAGGAGUAAAUGUUUAUAUUGUUGAUACAGGUAUUAAUAUAGAUCAUGAAGAAUUUGAAGGAAGAGCAACACGCGGACCUGCUUACUGUGGUGAAUGUCCGAACAUUGAUGAUAAUGGGUAUUAA